AUGGGUCGAUCAAUUCAACGUUAUUACCCUUCAUUGGAAUCCAGAAGCUAUCUUGAUAUUACUAUAUACGACAUUAUGCAUACCUCGGAGCCUGGGCCCAACCAGGAUUACGACCUCAACACGCCAAUCACAUCUACCUCGGGCCUGCGUCAGGGUCUCACUUCCUACGGAGAUGCUCAUUUCUCUCUUUUUCUCCGCAAGGUCUUCAUUAAAUCUCUUGGAUACUCCGAAGAUGCUCUUUCACGUCCUAUAGUGGGAAUUAUCAAUACCUUUUCAGGCUUCAAUCCUUGCCAUGCCAAUGUCCCGCAGCUCAUCGAGGCCGCCAAGCGCGGUAUUCAUCUCAAUGGCGGUUUGGCAGUGGAGUUUCCCACAAUCAGUGUCCAUGAAUCAUUCUCUCACCCCACGAGUAUGUUUUUACGGAAUUUGAUGAGCAUGGACACCGAGGAAAUGAUUCGUGCUCAACCAUUAGACGCAUGUAUCAUGAUAGGAGGCUGCGACAAGACUGUUCCAGCUCAAUUGAUGGGUGGAAUCUCCGCCAACAAGCCAAUUCUUCCCCUAAUCACUGGUCCUAUGCUACCAGGUAGCCAUCGUGGCAAGAGAAUUGGCGCAUGCACGGACUGUCGCAAUAACUGGGCGGCAUUUCGUGCAGGUGAGAUAGACGUGGAAGAAAUAUCUGCUGUAAAUGAAGAGCUUGCGCCAACGAUCGGAACUUGUGGUGUCAUGGGAACCGCCAGUACAAUGGCAUGUAUUACUGCUGCAUUGGGAAUGAUGCCGCUUCGUGGAGCCUCUGCCCCAGCUGUAUCGUCUGCACGCUUACGGAUUGCCGAAGAAACCGGUGCGAAUGCAGUGGCUAUUGCCAAGUCAGGAAGAAAGCCACAAGAUAUUUUGACAAAGGAGUCCUUCUUGAAUGCCAUCACGGUCCUUCAGGCAAUUGGAGGGUCCACCAAUGCAGUUGUUCAUCUAUUAGCGAUUGCGAACCGGCAUCCCGAAAUUCAAGGAGUAAUUACACUGCAGACAAUCGAGGAAAUCGGUCAGAAGACUCCUCUUCUUAUCGAUUUGAAGCCCAGUGGUGACAAUUACAUGAACGAUUUUCACAACGCCGGAGGUAUGGCCGCACUGUUACAAGUCCUUCGACCAUUACUUCAUCUUUCUGCUUUGACAAUUACCGGGCAGACUGUAGGAGAAGUUCUAGAUGCAGCUCAGUCCAAGCGAGUCUCCUUUCCACAGGAGAUUAUUAGGCCACUGUCGAACCCUCUAUACCCGUCAUCGUCUCUCGCAGUCCUUCAAGGCAAUCUCGCACCGAAUGGGGCUGUCAUCAAAGCGUCUGCUUCGAAAGAUCGAUCUUUGCUCUCUCAUACUGGGCCUGCUGUGGUAUUUGAAAACUCUGCCGACUUAGCCCAGCGCAUCGAUGAUCCAGAUUUGCCUGUCACGAAAGAUAGCGUGCUAGUUCUCAAAGGUAUUGGACCAAUCGGGAAUCCCGGAAUGCCAGAAGCAGGAUUGAUUCCUAUUCCUAAGAAAUUGGCGGAGGCUGGAGUAAAAGAUAUGCUGAGACUGUCCGAUGGCCGUAUGUCUGGGACGGCCGGCGGAACCAUUGUUCUCCAUAUCUCACCUGAGUCGGCCAUUCCAAGCUCACCAUUUGGGGUGAUAGAGACGGGCGACCUGAUUAUUUGCGAUCUCGAAAGUCGCAGACUUCAUGUUGAAAUACCCGAUGACAUGCUGCAGACUCGUAUCUUGCAACGAAAGCAAAGACUCGAGGGGGAGGCGGGGCCGGUUCAAGUGAGAAAACAGAGACGAGGAUACCGCGGAUUAUACGAGCGAUCUGUGAACCAAGCGCACGAGGGCACUGACUUUGAUUUCCUUACUGCCGGGGGUGCAUCUGGGGAGUACGACAGAAGACCCUCCAUGAGUUUUGACCCUACACGCCCUCGGGGCCGGCCAGCCCACACUCCGGGUGUGACAACCCUGGCUUACACACCGGAUGGAAAACGAGUGAUUACUGUUGGCUCGAAUUCGGCAAUUCGCAUCUACACAAUCGGCGAUGAUGGCGAGCCCAAGACCUUGGACGAUGGCCUACUGGACGGAUUUGUUGGAAUUGGCGCAACGAACGAUUCCUUCAUUGUGGGCACUGAGGAUGGCCAGGUCUGGCAGUUUGAUACGUCAUCGGGCAGAAUGGGGACUCAACUGGUGCGAUGCGCGUUACCCGUGAGAGACGUGACAGUGUCCCAUGAUGGCCAAUGGGCCGCAGUAGCAAGCGAUGAGCUCACUGUGAAACUUGUCAAAAUCGACAACCAGACCGAAACUAGAUACCUCCGCGACCAACUGACAAGCUCGAAACACGUCACAUUUGAUCCCAAUGGCCGCUUUGUGACUGUGUCAGCCAUAGAUGGCAUCCUAUCUGUCUACUCACUCACGGAGGACGAGCCAGAGCUGGUCCGCAAACUCGAUGGGGUCAUUCGGAAACUCGAACCCGAUGCAGAGGCAACAUCUAGAGCCGUCUGGCACCCGGACGGCACCGCAUUUGCUGUGGCAGAGGGCACUCGGGACAUUGCCGUCUAUUCAAUUUCCGAGUGGAAGAAAGAAAAGAGCUUUAAAACCGGACAUACGGGCGACAUCACAGCACUUAGCUGGUCACCCAAUGGUGCACUCCUACUCUCGGCUGGAGCUGAUGGCAAAGUUGUGCUUUGGGAAUCCCGCACUCAAAACAUUCUACACAGAUUCGACUUUCAAAAUGUCAUCAAUCUCGCCUGGCACCCAAACAAUAACUCAGCUUCAUUCACAACCUCCGAUGGAGAGUUGUUCAUUUGGGAUAAAUUUGUCCCAAAGGCUUACGAGGCCCAUCUCCAGAAGUCACUCCAGGCUGCCCCUAUUUACCCCGGUCCAUUGAAUGAUAUUUCCAACAAUGUGCAGCAGACAUUGACAGACCGGUCUAGAGAGGCAAUCAAACGGGCAGCUCUCAGAGCUCCUCCAGAUGAGCUGGAUGAUAUUCUAGGCGACGAUAUGGAUAUGGAAGAUAAUUUCGUUGAAGAUGAUGACGGAGCAGGAUAUUUGGAAGAUCUGAAUGAGUAUGGAAAGCGAAAUGGUGACCAUUUGGAUGACCUAGAUGGACCCCUCGGCAAACGUAUCCAAUCGGGCAUUGCGAAACCAAAAUCUCACCCUCCUAUCCAGCCCGGUAGCACACCAUGGGCAGGAAGCAGAAGAUAUCUCUGCCUGAAUUUGACCGGUGCUGUGUGGACUGUAGACCAAGAGACACACCACACGGUAACAGUGGAGUUUUAUGACCGAGAGCUUCAUCGAGAUUUCCACUUUACAGACCCCUACCAAUAUGACAAAGCGUGUCUGAACGAGAACGGAACUCUUUUUGCAAACAGCCCUGCAGAUGGCCCUGCUACUAUCUUCUACCGACCUCAUGAGACAUGGACCACCAGAGCCGAUUGGCGAACCGAAUUGCCCGAAGGAGAGAAAGUGCGAGCUUUGGCACUGAGCGAUUCUUAUAUUGUUGCUGUCACGACAAAAGACUACGUACGUGUGUAUACUCUCUUUGGAACUCCCUAUCGAGUAUACCGACAAAAGAGUGAAGCCGUAACAUGCGCUGCAUGGAGAGACUAUAUCAUGACUAUUGGUAACGGCCCGGUGGGCCCUGAUGGUCGAUUCACAUCAUUGCGAUACACCAUUGAGAAUGUCAAACGCGAUGAAAUUUGCCAGAAUGAAGAUGUCGUUGCUCUUCCAUCCGAGGCUAGGCUUCAGAGUGUUUUCUUUUCCGACAAUGGGGACCCAUGCAUCUACGAUACUACCGGUGUUCUCCUGGUGUUGCAACAUUGGCGCACACCGGGUCAGGCCCGAUGGGUCCCUCUAUUGGACACUAAGCAACUCAUCCGAUUGGCCAAGGGUCGCAAGGAAGAGACUUACUGGCCGGUUGCUGCGGCCCAGGACAAGUUCCAUUGCAUCAUCCUCAAGGGUGGGGACAAGAAUCCAUACUUCCCGCGUCCAUUGCUCAGCGAGUUUGAAUUCCAAGUCCCCAUCUCCAGUCAAGCCGUCAGAUCGGCCAAUGAAUCUGAAGAAGGAGCGUCGGAGCGUACCACUAUCAAGUUUGAAGAGGCCUUCGUGCGUGGCAACGUUCUUCUGUCGCUCUACCAGGAUCUGAUAGAUUCAACCAAUGCGACAGCCAGUCAACGUACUGAGCUAGUGCGUAAGGAAGUCGAGAUUGACAAGAUCUUGCUGCAGAUGCUGGCCAUCGAAUGCAGAGAGGGCGAAGAGCGCGGUAUGAAGGCACUUGAGUUAGUAACCAUGAUGAACGACCGUAAUGGUAAGAUGCUUGAGGCGGCAACCAAAGUGGCCAGUCGCUAUGAGCGUGGUGUAUUGGAGGACAAGAUCCGUGAGUUAGCUGAGCGACGAGUGAUGGGCAUGGAUGAUGAUGAUGAAUUGGCCUAA